CCAUGUUUCUAACGGGAACGGGAGUGGAAAAAGUAUUUGUUAUCGAUCGUGUGACGCGUAAAAUAGUGAAAAUUUUCGUAUUUUUCGGUGUUUUUCGGGAUAAAUCGGUUCGUGGCGUGUUCGCGACGCGUGAAAAUGCAUCGUUCCGUCGGUGAAGAGCCGGAUUGCGCUGACAAUGUUGUGGAAAUUCCGUCGGACAAUGGCUCCUCCGCAGUGAACUCGUUCGCUAUCAGUGAAUCGCAAUCCGGCCCCAGUGGGGACUACAACGUAAAUGUAGUCAAUCAGCAGAAUCUAUCGUUAUCGGAGCCACCAUCAUUAUCGGACGGUCUUUCGUCGGUUGGCGGCUCUAGUGAUUCGACCAGUGUAAUUACCAAUGCGCGCAGUUCUGUUAAUUUUACCAGCACACCAAAGCUAGGCGCCGAUAGGAAUUCAAAAAACGGUUCCCAACUGCAGCUCGCAUCGCAAGCUGGUAACGGUUCCGGUCCCGGAGCUGGCCCGGGUGGGGGCGGUAGUAUUGGCGAUGUCAAUUUAGUGGACGAAGGGGACACGAUUACAAUCGUCGAAAAUCCUGCUGAGGUUGAAUCGGUAAAAUCACCCGUUAUCACGACCAAUACAAGCGUGCGGUUGAGUUUGCUUCCUUGGAAUACACACAAUCGGGCAUCGGUUGUUCAUACGAGUGCUUCCGUCGCGAUCGAUAUGAUGGCUGCCUUUGAUGGAACAAUGAGACCCGGCGAAAUUGUUAUGCGAACAUUAUUCGCUGAUUUUACCGUGCAAGCGGAGAAGAAGAUUGAGAUAGUUAUGCUGGAAAGUUCGGAUAAAAAUUUAGCUAAGUUACUGCAGCGGGGAGAAGACAGUCAAUUUGAUCAGCUUUUGCAAGCACUUGGCUCAGUUGCUGAACAUUGUUUACCGUCGCUGCUAAAGGCAUUGCUAGCUUGGCAUCGGCAUCAAAUCUGUGAUGGCGAUAUCAAACGCGACUACAAACGGUUAGAGACUGAACGGCAACCGAUAGCGUCCAAAUCGAAUAACGAUUUGGAAUUUCAACUCCAACGACGAGAAGCCGCAGUAGAAUUUAUCUUUUGUUUGGCUUUGAUUGAAAUCCUACGACAAUUUUCAUUCCAUCCGGGCCAUGACGAUAUCGUGAAAAAUAUCGAAAACCUUGCCUUUCGUCAGUUCAAGUACAAAGAAGGGGUGCAAGCGUCUCCAAAUGCUCAGUACAAUCAUAUGAUUGCGGAUCUGUACGCUGAGGUGAUUGGUGUACUGGCACAAAGUCGUUUCGCGUCGGUGAGAAAACGGUUCAUGACGGAGCUGAAAGAACUUCGCAGCAAAGAACCGAGUCCACAUACGACACACAGUAUUAUAAGUUUAUUAAUGGGAAUGAAGUUCUUUCGCGUCAAGAUGGCUCCGAUCGAGGAGUUUGAGGCAUCGUUCCAGUUCAUGCAUGAAUGUGGACAGUAUUUUCUGGAGGUUAAGGAUAAAGACAUCAAGCAUGCGAUGGCAGGACUUUUCGUGGAAAUUCUAGUUCCAGUAGCUGCGGCCGUCAAAAACGAAGUCAAUGUGCCAUGUGUGAAAAAUUUCGUCGAUCUGCUGUACUCACAAACACUGGAUGCGUGUACCAAGUCCAAACACAAGCUAGCAUUGUUUCCAUUAGUAACGUGCUUGCUGUGCGUGUCACAGAAAUCAUUUUUCCUUAGCAAUUGGCAUUGUUUCUUAGCCAUGUGCUUAAGCAAUCUGAAAAACAAGGAUCCCAAGAUGAGUCGGGUGGCACUGGAGUCAUUGUAUCGGUUGCUGUGGGUGUACAUGAUCAGAAUCAAAUGUGAAUCUAACUCGGCGACUCAUUCACGCUUGCAAAGUAUUGUAAAUUCAUUGUUUCCACGUGGCUCCAAAGCGGUUGUACCGAGAGACACUCCGCUGAACAUUUUUGUCAAGAUUAUACAGUUCAUAGCCCAGGAACGGUUGGACUUUGCUAUGCGUGAUAUUGUAUUUGAGCUAUUGUGUGUUGGUCGCCCUAUUAAAAUUAUUAUGACACCCGAACGAAUGAGUAUCGGACUGAGAGCAUUUCUGGUUGUGGCUGAUUCGCUGCAGCAAAAAGACGGCGAACCACCAAUGCCGAGAACGGUUGGUGUUUUACCCUCUGGUAAUACACUGCGAGUGAAGAAAACCUACUUGAACAAAAUGUUGACGGAAGAUACAGCUCGAAGUAUUGGAAUGUCCAACUAUUUUCCACACGUGCGACGUGUUUUUGUGGAUAUACUGAGAGCGCUUGAUAUUCACUGCGGAAGACCUUUGAUGAUGACGAUCAACCAAAAUCUGAAUAAAGAACCGGACGAGAUGCUGACCGGCGAAAGGAAACCGCGGAUUGACCUGUUUAGAACUUGUGUUGCUGCUGUGCCAAGAAUCAUUCCAGACAAUAUGACUGGUCACGAAUUGGUGGAUAUGCUGUCAAGGUUGACGAUUCAUAUGGAUGAGGAACUACGAGCAUUGGCACACCAAUCGCUGCAAACAUUGGUCGUCGAUUUUCCAGACUGGCGGCAGGAUGUAAUUCAAGGAUUCACUCAAUUCUUGUCAAGAGAUGUUGUCGAUACAUUCCCACAUUUAUUGGACAACGGACUGCGAAUGCUUUUCGCAUUUCUGACAGUUUGGAAGAAUGCUAUUAGCAAUAGUAGUACCAACAACAGUAACAAUAACACUCUGAACACAAAAGUAGGCUCAAAUACUGCGGCAGCCCAACGAGUUGUGUUUCAUCAACAGCAACAACAGCAGGAUUCUGGUUUUUCUAAAUCGCUACCACAACAAAACAUGUCAUCCCUAAAUGCUGCCACAAUUAAUUCGAACUCAAGUGGUAGCUCCGGAAUAUCAUCGAUUACGCAAACGACCACGAUUGCAGCAGGGGGCAGCACCGAUUCCACGGGACACAGUUCAGCAAUGGCGGGAAGUAAGAAAAAUCACGAGCAACCGCUGGCCACAACCAUGCAUUUGGUGGAGGGUUUCGCAUUGGUGAUGCUGUGCAAUUGUCGACCCGCUCCGCGGAAAUUCGCCGUUAACAUUUUGAAGGAGGUGAAAGUUUUGAUGAAAGCACUGGGCAUCGCAGAAACCGAGCCACCGUUGAUUGAUGUAAUUGAUAAAUGCUGUCCACAGGUCCUGGAAAAAUGCCUGCAUAUGUUGCCCCAAGCGGACCGGACCGCAAUGCUGAAUGCGAACCUCAUAGAUCUGCAGUGGAUAGUAGACCGCAACAGUGGUGUGUGGACGGUGGGUAACAUUGAGGACUCGGCAAAGGCGUCGACGCUGACCCUUUGCCAUUCGCAAUCGUCCGGCCAGGCAUAUGAUCCAUGGAGUAUAUGUUUGUUUGGUUUCAUGGAACGUCAACACGUCCUACAGUACUGCCCGUCGGCCGUGGCCCAGGCGUGGCCCAUUUGUUAUCAGCGGGUGACUAGUUUGUUCAAUGUGAUUGAUCCCACCCCGGUCAGCGAUAAUCGUGCAUCGUUGUUGCGAAGCUCGGCGCCGCCCAAGAAACCCCCUUCGGAGGCCCAGCGGGACUUGCUGGCGCACCUGUGGAAAAACCAAGUGGCGCUGGCGAUGCGGCUUGUACCGCAAAUGCCAAGUGUGGCCGUUCGGUGUGCCUCACCGGAUCUAAGUCUGAGUCUGCAUGACCAGUCGGAUUCCCGCUCGUUGUCCGACUCACUGGACAACAUUCCGUCAUCCGUGUUUGGACCAGAAGGAAUCGUAACUCGGUUCACUCUACCUCUAUCCUAUGGGCGCAAAGAUGCCAGACAUAAACGACAAGGCUCAUCGCCGGACUCCCUGUCAGCCGACCGAAGUGAUAAAUCCAGUGGCACGACUGCUUCCCCAGUGGCACUGUACAAGCUGGUCAUACCACUGUUGCGCUGCGAAGUUUCUGACGUCCGAGACGCUGCCGUCAAUGCACUCGGAAUGAUUAACCACGAUGCUCUCAAAGAUUUGAUGGAAGAGUUGGCAGUGUACAUACGCGAAGCCAUUGAUCGCAAACAGGAAAAUAUGCGGAGACGUCGACGGCGGGACGCGCUUCGCCUUCAACUGGUGCGGGUGUUGGAAAAAAUUGUCGAAAAUGGCACUUUCGGUAGAAGCCCGUUUGUACUGGAACGAGAUACCAUGUCGCUCCAUCCGACGUUUGUGGAGUACAUUGAUGGGGCGCGUCUCUAUCUGGAAGCGGAAACUGAUAAAGAUAACAGUAGCAUGCGAGAGGUGAAAACUCAUUUCUGUGAUUUCAUUCGGAAAAUGAUUAAAAACUUUUCACUGGAAUCAUGCCCCACGCUGUUGACACGUGAACUGAAGCGGAAUUUAGUUAAUUUGUUUGCUUCUUGGAGCGGGUCAUAUGCGGCUCCGUUCGGCGCUACAGCAGGAAGCAACAGCGGCGGGAGCCAUCAUGCUAUCAGUAGCAGUAGCACCAUCAGCAGCAUUUCAAUAGAUGAAGAGAAACUACAGUUUAGCGCUUUGCAGGCAACAUCGGCUUUGCUUUGCUGUGGCCCAUGCUAUGAACCUAACCAUUUGGCGGAGGAUGGUGUCAUCUACAGCUGGCUUGAUCUGUUGAUGGCAUCGAAAGACGAAAAGAUAUAUGAUCUCGCCAAGGAAACGGUGGUGCUACUGCUGGAAUCCAAUCCAGAUAUAGGCCAACUGCUGGAGUGGGUAAUCGACCGUUGCUACACGGCGUAUCCCCGCGAGGCAGAUGCAUGCUUUCUCGCUUUGGCUGUCAUCUUCAGUGCCCGAGAGUACCCGUGUGACCACUACACAUCGGUUAUCAACGUCACAUUGCUCAUGACUGGAUGCCCGCGGGUAGAAGUGCACUCUACCGCCCUUCAGCUUCUACAGAUUUUGGACAAGCGCUUUUUCGGAAACGUUGGGCCGCUGCAAUCCGAAAACGAUAGAGAACUGGACAAAGUUGGCACCUUGGAUGCGAUUCUCAGUGGUGCGUACUGCCGAUCGCAAAUGUAUCUUUCGAGACAGAUGGCUAGAUUGCGACCGGAGCUGACAAUGUCGAUGUUUUCCGAAAUAACACAUCGCUUCCAGACGGCCCGCUCGGAAGUUCGUGCUUUGCUGUUACAGUGCUUGCUACCCUGGCUGGAGAAUGUGGAACUGGUGGCGUCCAGCGUUCCACCUGCGACGCCCUUAUCCUACAUCAUGUAUUAUCCGGACUCGAGCACACGAGGCAGACGCGAAGGUUCCGGAUCCACCGAAGCCACCGAAAUGAUUUUGAACAAUUUGUUCUACAUCACUGCGAAGUUCGCUGAUUCACACCCGUACAUCGAGGAGCUCUGGGGAACGCUCUGUCAGUUUUGGCCAAACAAUCUGAAGGUUAUAUUACGCUACCUGCUCAUCAUCUCCGGAAUGGCCCCGAACGAACUGUUGGCUUACGCCAAACGGGUUGCGCUUUAUCUGGCCCGAUCCUGCACCAACCGGCUCCUGGACGAACUGAUGAGUGAGCUGCAAACCGUGGAAACGCUGAAUUGUUUAAUUGAGCGUACCGAGACUCCUCCGUUCUAUCGGUUAACGAGCAUGCGGAAGGCUUCCAGCCAUUCGGAUGGACCGGCUUCUGGCAACAACGAUCCCAAGGUGCAGGAUGUCGGUGUGGAGAAGGGUACGAUUCACACCAAACGGCACAGUGGCGAAGAUCACAUCAAGUCGGGCACAUGCAAAUCGGAUAGCGCCCUGCGUACCUUCGCGAAUAGCUAUCGACCACCGCGGGGCAGCGAUAAAAUUCGCACGGCCUCCGGUCCUUGCGUGCUGCCCCGCCACGAAGACAUGAUGCUUAUGAACGAAACUGAAAUGAACCAGGAAGAGAACUUUGCCCAGCUGCGCAAUAACGAGCAACCGACCGCUCCCCACCCGCUGCCAAUGCCGGAGUACGGGGGUUAUUUCGCACCACUGACUGAGUUUUUGCCCGAUGCUACGAGUCCGAUCAGCGGGUUCCAUCGGUGCAACGUGGCCGUAAUGUUGCUUACCGAUAUCGUUGUCGAUGGCAUUCCGGGGUUGGAUUGGACAUUACAUGUCCCGCUCAUGCUACACAUACUGUUCCUAGGGUUGGAUCACACCAGACCGAUUGUGCGGGAUCAUUGCAAAAAACUCCUGCUCAAUUUAUUGAUUGUUCUAGCAGAGCACAGCGACCAUUUGAACGUAGCAAAAAUUUUACUAAACAGUGACACUUCCAAACUGCGUCUGGGUUUGAGCGUACCCUCGCUGCCCGUUAUCGAUCACAACUUCACCGAACCGGACCAGGAGUUCGAUAGCUACCUGUUCGGUUUGAACAGCAAUCUUACCCAGACGGCACUGUCGCCGGUAUCCAAUCAGCCAAAUGAGGAAACUCCCGUCCCGACGAUUGUCACGGAAGAAAAUGCCCCUCCCCAGCCGGGACCCUUGAUGCCGACGGCACACGUCAUCAAGAGUCUCAUACGAUUCCUCUCCCAGGAUAGCGCCCAGCCGCUGUGGAACUACGAGGACAUCACAGCGAAGGUGUGGACUAUUAAGUCGGCGGAACAGUUGCAGUGCUUCCUCCGGCAUAUCGUGAAGGUGUUCUCCGACAGCUAUUCUCACGCUAGAAUUGCCGAACGGUGGGCACAAACGGCGUUGCAGUUGGGGCUCAGUUGCUCCUCGCGUCACUAUGCCGGACGUAGUUUGCAGGUGUUCCGCUCGCUCAAUGUGCCGAUCAACUCGCGCAUGCUGAGUGAUAUACUAUCACGACUGAUUGAAACCGUGGCCGAACAGGGAGAGGAUAUGCAAGGUUAUGUGACGGAGCUGUUGCUGACACUGGAAGCGGCUGUUGAUAGUUUGGAUUCGGAUUUUAGACCAUUGGACGUGAUGAAAGAUAUCUUCAAGAGUACUCCGAAUCUCAACAAUAAAGAUGGAGCUAUCUCGAAUGUGUAUGGCAAUAAAAGAGCCAGUGAUGGUCUCCCUGGGUCGCCUCAGACUAUGACAAACAUGGCCACAGGAGGGCAUACAAGAAGUACAAGUUAUUCGAUCUCGUAUUGCUCUCGAAAAGCAGCCAAUUCACCAAUUGACAAGCAAGUUGAACUUCGUAACCGUACGAAUGCAUUGGAAUUAGAGAGAAAUGCAACCAAAUUCCAGGUUGCAUCUUCGUUAUCCAGGUCACGUAGUGCACAAAGUUUGAAACUGCUUGGCGAUACGGCUACUCAAGACGACAAAAUGACUAUCCUAGCGCAGCUGUUCUGGUUAGCAGUGUCCCUUUUGGAAAGUGACUACGAACAUGAGUUUCUUCUAGCUCUUCGACUGUUGACGAGAGUGCUCCAUCGACUACCACUGGAUCGACCGGAUGCUCGUGAUAAAGUUGAGAAAUUACAACAGCAACUGAAGUGGUCUACAUAUCCGGGAAUGCACGCUCUGUUACUGAAAGGUAGCACACACGCCACUACUUACGAACCCUCUAUAGCUGUUCUGUCACAACUUGCUCCACUACUAAAUCUCCCGGUUUGUGAUGCGACGCAGAGUUGCGCCUUUCCAAUGAACGUAAUCGCACUGCUUCCAUACAUGCUGCUGCACUACGAGGAUGCAAACGAAAUUUGCAUUCGAAGUGCGGAAAACAUUGCACAAGUUUCAUCCGAGAUGGGUCUGAAGUUGGAGAAUCUCGGAACAGUGAUGACGCUGUAUAGUCGAAAAACAUUCAGCAAGGAAUCGUUCCAGUGGACGAAGUGUGUUGUUAAAUAUCUGUACGAUACGUACGCCCACAUGGGUCUGCACAUGCUGGCGUUUUUGACCGAGGUUAUGGAGAAAGGACCGAACCAGAUUCAGCUGCAGGUGUUGAGCGUAAUUCAUUGUAUGCUGCAUUAUAUCGAUUUAUCGUCAGUGCAGGCACAGCCGAUCGCUGGGGAUUUACUGAGGGUUAUUUCCAAGCAUCUCGAUAGUCCCAACUGGAAGGAAGCGUUGAAAAUUCUAAAACUGGUUGUCACACGCAGUUCCAGUCUACAGGUAGUUCCCCAGACUUCCGAAAGUAGCUCAUCGUAUGCCAAUAUUCAUGGCAGUUUUAGUGACUCGGAAGUUUUCUGCAAAAAAGAACUAGCCGGGCGAACGAUGGAGUUUUCAUUUGAUGUUUCGCAGACACCGCUAAUUGGGCGUAAAAUUCUGCUUAAAUCCGACGGAGAGAGCAGCAUUGUUUCGGCACAAUUUUCCAAAAAUUGCAUCUCUAGUGUUGGCGGUGCCAGUGCGCAUUACGCUGGAACACCCAACUCUCCUCGGCGAAGUGCAAGUCUUUCGCCGGCGGACACGGCUCCGCUUAGUGGCUGGAAGCGGCCAUGGAUGUCUCAGGGUCGAGUACGUGAAUGCUUGGUGAAUCUUCUCACCACCUGCGGACAACGAGUGGGAUUGCCGAAAAGUCCAUCGGAUGAUGUCCUAAGCUCGCUUUAUUCCAAGGUAAUCUUCAGCCAAUCAUCGGAUCUGCUCGAACGACAGUCAUCCGCUGCCUCGAGUACGGAUGAAACAUCCGGAGCCCAACAGGAUCUUAGCGGUGGAUCCAAACGAGACGACGGGCCUCCUGACUUUGGUGUCUUCAAAGAUUUCGACUUUCUCGAAUAUGAAAGCGAAAGUAUCGAAGGUGAAUCGACUGAUAACUUCAACUGGGGAGUCCGGAGAAGACCACUUUCGGAAGGUGACAGUGAACCACUGUCCGUCACUAAGACGCACUCCAACAUCGACGAGAGCUUAAGCGAGAGGACUCCGGUUCUGAAUCGGCGUAAGAGACCGACUGCGGAUGACUCCAGCGAUGAAGAAGUAGAAUCUGAGUCUCCCUUAGACGAGGAACAACGUCCGAUCUUCUCGAAAACCUCCUAUCUCAGUGGACCGCCGACAAGUUUGAGCUUGAGGGAGCGAAGGCAUCGCAGGGAUUCGGUGUCUCGUAGUGAUACUAGCGGAUCCAGUGCUGGAGAUCUCGGCGACAUAACUCCGUGUAAUGCAUCUCCUCAUUUGCCCGGUUUGUUAUCUUUCCGUGCGUCGAUUCGGGACGAAAGUGAAGAGGUUUGGAGAAGAAAUCUUGUUGGUUUGUUGGUGAAUCAACCAUCCGGUCAUGCCCCCGAUCUCUUGAGUCAGCUGUUCAAAUUGAUCAAAGAACUAUCGCACAGAUCGAUCUCCAUUUCAAAAGAGUGCAUGCGAUACUUUACUGGAACGGGAGUACAAUUAGGUCACCGUAUAUCCGUUUUAUCCGAUUUGCUCUCCUCCAGAGGCGAACCGCCCAAAAUAUGGUAUCAUCAAACUCUAGUGACAACUCCUAGACUGUUUGAAAAUUUAAGAUAUGGCGUUUUAGAAGUUCAAGAGCACUUGGAAACUUUCUUCGAUAGGAAAGACACAGUUCUUGAUAGUUUGGAUGCCGUCAAAACAUCUUGCAAGUUAGCUUUAUUUUCGUCUGACAUUGACUCGGCAAACGAAGGCACCGGAUCGAACCUCAUCACUUCUAUAUCUACUGAUCCCGCCACAACGGAGCUUUUGAUAGACCUUGGGCGCGGUUUAUACAAGCUAAUGUUCCAACUACUGCUGUUGAUUGAAUCGGACCACAAGAUCGCGAUUAGUGUUGUUCAGAACUUGCGCCAAAAUGAAAAAAUGCAAGACCUGUCCAACCUGUACGUUUCGGUGCGCGGUGCACUGCUACGUUGCAUUGACGAUGCUGAGAUGGAAUCGCUUGACACUUCAACCUCUACGGAAGGAGAAAACACACCCACUCCCUCUCCCGGGCUGCUGAUGAACAACUGCGAAUUCGAGAACAGUCUCAUCGAGCUGAUUGACAAUCAACGAUGGUCCGCAACCAUAAAUCAUGUCAAGCAGCACAAACAAAUGUCGAACCUAUCGUCGUCCAAUUACAACCUAAGUGGCGGAAGUGGCACCAGCGGCGGCGUAGGGGGUGGCUCUGGAUUGCAACUUGAUUCGAGCUUUGGCGGCACUGGCUACAACUUGACCUCGGAAUUCAAAUCUACGGAUGAUUUAUCCAUCAUCUUAAAUAUCUACUCGCAGAGGCUGACGAAGGACCGAAACGAUGUAUUCAUCGCGUCCCGGUCGGAAAUCGAGUUGGGCGAAAUCUACCAGAUUCUGAUGGAAAACUUGCUGCACGUUUCGUCCGCCCUAUCGAACAUGGAGAUCGGAAUGAAGGCGACAAACAACACCAGUUCGUCAUCGUCAACGGUGACCACGAUGACGACAAUACCGGCUGCCACCGGAUCCGCCGCAGGAUGUGGUCCCCCGUCUGGUGUCGGUGGACCGAGCGGGAGCGUGGGAUCGGUUGCGCUGCUGCCACCUGUCCAAUUCGGUCCGGUGCUAGCGUCGACCAAUCCAUUCAAGGAUACGGUUGAUAUUAUCACAACACUGUAGACUGAGUCCGUACAGAACGGUGCGAUUUGUCCUGAAGAGUCAGAGCCGGCAAAGGGUUUUAUUAAUUACUUUUAAUUUGGUUCGCAUUGUCGGCUGUAAUUGCAUUGAUUGAUUUAUAUUAUUCAUGUGUCCGGUAAAAUAGGUGCGAUGAAACAGAUCCGAGCGGGAGAAAGACAAAUGAUUGUGAAGGUAACAUGAUAGGAUGAGUAAUGAUUUGAAAUGUAGCUGUUAAUUGUGGAUUUAUCCAAGAUAGUUCGAAUUCGCCGGGUAAAUUACGAUGACAAAGUUUAGCAAACUGCAGAUAUUUUAUCUGGACAAGAUUAAUCCACAUUAAUUUGAUUUCUUUACGGCACAAAUACUAACUAUUUACACAAUUCUGUGUGAUGCAUAAACAUACGUAUGAUUCAACUUUUUUAGCAAUAGGAGACACUAUAAAGUUUUACAAAUAAAUGCUACAUUGUAAUCAAA